GUAGCAGCAGCGGCGCUGCCCGAAAAACUUCACACACAAAUCAGUUGCAGUCGCGAAUUAGCGGCGCACAGACACGGUUUUUAUAUUCUCUCGGUUGAAAGUCAUUAAUUGAAGUUUCAACUUGUUCUUUCGGGUCAGUGUUGGAAAUGGUGCACAUUAAGGAUACCGAACAGCUGAUGGCGCAGCGCGUGACCGAGCUUCAAGAAUUAAUUAAGGGGCAUCCGCAGCUGCCGUUGAAUAUUUCGUCCACACUGCUGCGUCGCUAUCUGCACACGACGCGCGGCGACGUGGCUGCCGCCCAGCAUCUGCUCCAGCUGAACUAUGCCAUGCGCAACAAGCAUCCGCAAAUCUUCAUCGACCGCGAUCCAAUGGACGCCAGCUCCCAGCAGCUGUUGCAAGUCGCAGAUCUGGUGCCGCUGCCCGGGCUGACGCCGGACAACAACAAGUUGCUAUUUUAUCGCCUGAUUGACCACGAUGCGGACAAGUUCAACUUUACGGCCGGCAUCAAGGUUUUCUUUAUGGUCGCCGACUGUCGCUUCGCGACGGAGACGGACGAACGUUUAUCCGACGGCGAGAUACCCAUCUUUGACAUGGCCGGAUACUCGCUGCGCCACAUAACCAAGACGGUGCUCAGCUCGCUGCGCGUCUACAUGAAGUUCGUGCAGGAGGCGCAUCCGGUGCGCCUCAAGGAGAUUCAUGUGCUCAACUGUCCAUCCUUCCUGGACAAGGUGCUGGCCAUCGUCAAGCCGUUCAUCAAGAGCGAGGUCUUCAAACUAAUCCACUUCCAUUUGCCCGGUGCGGAUACACCCUACAAGCACAUUCCGCGCUCCAUGCUGCCGGAGGAAUACGGCGGAGAGGCGGGCAAAAUGUCCCAUCUCAAGGAGAAAUGGGUGCAGUUGCUCCAGCAGCAGCGUGAUUAUUUGAUGGAACCCUCCAACUGGCAGAUCAACAAGUGCAAGAGGAAGAGCGGCAGCAGUAGCAGCAGCAACAGCAACAACAACAACAACAACUCUUGCAACACGAUCACGCACAGCUUCAAGACGCUGGAAAUUGAUUGAUUUUAGCUUUAUUUAUAUAUCUUUACUCUAACUGUACAUAGUAUAGAUGUCUCUACCAAACCUGGGCUUGGCUUUAGUGUAUCAUACU